UCAAAUGUAAAAUUUAUAUAUGAGUAUUUAACGAUCAGGAAGCUGGUCGGUAUUCAUUGUUUGUUUGUUUAUCCUCAGUAAAGAAACUUUUGUGGUUUUUAAUGUGUUUAGUUGAGGAUUGACGUUGACAGGCCGUAUUUAGAACACAAUAGGUGAGAAAGCGAGCCAUAUUCUGUUGUCCGAGGUAUCCGUUUCUCAAUAACUACAAAAGAAGAAUACUUUGAAGUGGAUGUAUUGAGAUUUCAAGUCCUUAGGGUCUAAGACUGUCAAUGAUUCAAACGAAAGCUAUUCGAUACACUACGGCGAGGUAGCAUCAACGGAAAAAGACUGUUCUCCAUUCAUUCAUUCAUUGGAUUAUUUUUUACUACCGCCAUGCAAUUGUAUCCAGUGUUCCGCUCGAUUAGUGGCUUAAACGGAACUUAUUUGGAUUGAAUGAAAGAAAUUUAAUAUACGUGUGUGUGCUAUAAUAGUUUAAACAGAAAGCCGAUGGCCUUCAUAUAUCCGUUAUAGUCCCAUUAGAACUAACACCCGAGAACGAUUUGAUAGUUUAUUACUUUAUCGGUAUAUUUAUGACGAUAGUCAAAUGGUCACAUAUAUUUAUACAUAUAUAUUGAAAGGAAGGUUUGACUUCAAGGUAACUUGCUUAUCCGUGCAUAACGCUUCGAAUUCUUGUUUAUUACUUAAACCUACAGCUACAUAUAACAGCUACAGGUACAGAUAUAGAUACGGACGCAGAGAUAACGAAAAUGGGGAAAAAAAAUUAAGAAGAAGAAGAAGAACCGUCAUCAACGUGAGACGUGCUACAUUAGCCAUCGGUAUGAAAGAAUGUGGGAAAAAAUAUUUUUUUUUUUAUUUUUUUUUUUUUGAAACGCGCACGAAUAACCUCGAGGAAUUCCAUGAACGACGUGAGGAGAGACACAAGAAAGCUUUGGUUAAAGUUAUGGUUCUUAAAGUUGCGCCGAGCAAAGAAGAAAUGAAAAUACUAACCAAUAUGCGAAAAAGACCGAACAGUAUUCGCCGAUCUGGUGUGUAAUCCUUUUUUGGCA